AUGACAGAAGCACAAAUACCCGUGAAGCUGACGUGCCGAGCAAAAGGCGUGCCUCUACCUCGCGUCAAUUGGAAACGUGAGGAUGCCAAGAAUAUUAUUAUUCGUGAGCCAGUGGUUGCUUCCAAUGGUCAAAAGUCCAAAGUCUCAUCAGUGAGUGAGUACCAUGGUGAGGAAUUACGACUCACAAAGAUAUCACGGCAUGAUAUGGGUGCAUAUCUGUGCAUUGCGAGUAACGGAGUGCCACCAGCCAUCAGCAAGCGCAUCACGAUCAACGACUUUUGCAAGAAGUUAGUAGCUGCUAAGAAGAGUAAACCGAACUUAACUGCCAAGGAAGUUGAUGGGUCUUUUGCGGAUACCAAAGUCUAUGUUAAUCACCGUCAGCCAGUUCAACUGUAUCAUCUCAGAGACCGUGUUUUGCAAGCUUUCCCUCAAGUCCAACGUAGGCACGUUUGGAUAGCAGACGACAUGAUAAUAUCUGGAGUACGACACGAGGUCCAAGUCAUACCCAAAUCAGCAUUUCAAGUUAAAAUGGUACUUACUAUUCGGAAUCUCCAGAAACAGGAUUUUGGAUCGUACACGUGUGCCGCGAAAAAUUCACGUGGUGAUGUUGAUUUCAGUAUCCGACUUUAUGAGAUAUCGGGGCCAUCGAGACCGGGAAACUCUGCUCCGACGUACUACGAUGAAGAAGAAAACAUAGAAGAAAUAGUGUACGGAUCGGCGGACCUUGAGAAGAUGGAAAAUAAAGCGUACGCGGUGGACAACACAGUGCAAGGUCACAUGGGAAAUUUCUUUGGAGCUUCGAGCCCUUCCCCACCGACAAAAGUGAUCCGAAGAAGGCCGAUUUCCGGUACUGGUUCAUCUCCAGGAAAUCGUGUUUCAGCCUCUCCUCACCCUUAUUUCCACAAACUGACACACGUCUGGCUGAUGCUGUUGAUUAUUUAUUUUGAUUCAUUGGAACAAAGCGUAAUCUUAAAUAGAUACGGAUCCUCGAAUGGUUGCAGUAUCUUGUAUACUAACGGCAAAGAAGUAGACGAACGCAAGAAUAAAGAAGAAGAAGAAAAUGGAGAAGAAGGUUCGUUCAUAAAUAAACACAACUGCCCGAACAUCUGGCGCGGACCGAGGUUCAGUAAAAGUAGUAUAGAACGAGAACCAGAACCAGAACGAGAAGCUAAACCUGAACCAGAAGUAGUGGAACGGGACUGUAGUAUGAUAAGGGGGGUUUAG